UCGGCUGUACCUGGGAAACGUGCCGCGUUUUUUCAACCAUCGGUCAGUACGUUCUGUGUGCUUAAAGUGUCUGUAUGUUGCCCGAGAAUUCCAUCGACACAACAAUCAUCAGCCAUCCCAGAGCCAGCGACAGUUGUACAACAAGAGGACGAGCAACACCUUCUCCUUCGUCGUCAUCGCUUUUAUAACUGCGGCAUAAUGUGGAUUACGUGGUUCGUGGCCACCGCUUGUGCGGCACUGUCCAUGCGGGGCGCGCACUCCAACGCCGGGCUGACGAGCACUUCGUUCAGCAACGAGCUGCGCACCGGUUUCGCCAGGCUAUUCCAAAAUGGCAUCGAACAGCCACUGCAGCAAUCCCCGUUCGUGCUGCUCAACCCCACCGAGUUCCAGCCCGGGCCUGGCCAGCUUGUGCAGCGACCGGCACCGUUCAGCCCGCUGGCGAGCACGGGAUACCAGUUACCGCGACCUAGGUACGAGUUGCAGCAUCUGUCGUGGGUGAUUCCUUAUUAUUAUGUCCCUACCAGGUACCUGCCGCCGAGGGGUGGCAAGCGGCCCAACGACGUGCUGGUGAUCGUCGUCAAGACCAGAUCGAAUUGCACGACCCCCGCGGCCAACGGGACAGCACCCGCUGACGGCGACAACGACGGCGACGAUGCAGACGACGGUAUCGACGACGACGGACCGAAUCCGGACGACGACGUCGAAGAAGUGACCAUCGUCGCGGGCGGCACGGAGAAGGGCAAGGAACCGUCCCGGUGCGUGUGGGCCAUCCUGUCGUGCUGCGCCCCGUCCAACACGCCCAUCCGGUACACGUGUUUCGACGUGUUGGGCUGCAGCACCGCGUUCUGGGACACCAACCCGUGCGUUCCGGCCAUCAUCAAGACCGCUUUGGACCAGGCCACCCAGUUCUACGGCACGACCAUGGCCACCAACCGCACGGCCACGCCCGUGCCCACGCCGCCGGCCGUCCCGGCAGCGGCCUCCACCGACAACGUGGUCUCCCUGAUGACCGGCACGUCCGCGGCCGCCGCUUCGCCGGUGGACCAGACCACGCCGGCGGCCACUACCACCGCCGCUUAGUCGCUAUUUCCGCAGCAGCUUCCACGCUUCGCCGCUCGCCCGGCAAUCAAUCACCGACCAUAAUAUUAUUAUUGUAAUAUUUUACGUAAAACUUACGUCGUUCACAAAACUCAGCUAAGCCGAAGAACAGCAACUCGUCCCGCAAACUGAUACGAUUCGACUUGAAUAUUAUAAAAUAUUUUAAUUGAUUUAUCUUUUAAGUGCAAUUUGUCGUACACCUAAUAUUAUAAUUAUUAUUGUAUAAAACGUAACAUAUAGUCACUGACGAAAGCAUAAUAUACAAUCCGGUGCCGGAUCUGGGACAUUAUAUUAUAUUAUGGAUGGUAAAAAAAUUGUUUUCUUAAUUUAUAGAGAAUUGCUUUUACGGCAAAAUUUGCGUUAUUUCAUUUUUUUUUUUUUCAAAAAAAUCUCAACUUACUGCUUUAUUAAACGCGUAAAACAAGAUAUUGUAUUGUAAUAAAAAUACAAACAUUAAUAGAACAUAAAAGUUUUUUCUAAGUAUUUAAUAAAAAAAAAUUAAUAACCAGCGGACGGAAAUAUUUUAAAAACUUGUUUCAUUUGGCUUUCUUCGUUGCAGCUAAAUCGUUUGUUACAUCAUCAUAAUCGAUUCUUCGUACAUUUCUUCGUAAUUUUUUUAUGCUUCGCAUAAUAUUUUUCUCUGUUAAAUAUAAAGCUAAUAAACAUGUUUAAAACUUAAUACACGGUGUAUAAGUACAAUAUAAAUAAACGACUGCUAACUAAAUCAUGAAUUUUUAAUAUUGUUUCAUUUUCCUUGCGGUUCGUUUCUUCUUCCAAUUCGAUUCUAGGCUUUUUUCAUCUUAUGAAAUAAACUUUGAUGUAGCCUUGUACGAAAGGCGCCUGAGACAAGGUACCGUCUUCCUCAUAGAUCCGGCACUAAUUUUAUCAAAUACUAUAUAAUAUUGCGAAUAAUAUAAUUAAAUAUUUUGUGAAUAUCAUAAUUUUUUUGGAUAAAUUUCGUUUUCAAAAUAAUAUGUGAUAUCGAUUAUAUUUUUCUCGUUGAAUAUAAUAAAAUAAAAUAGUAUUUUUCAUCCACGUUAC